AUGCCCCCUUCUCUAGACUCACCAGGCGCCUUCUCGGUUUCGUCAGUCGGGCGAUCGUCAGUUACCGCCGCGACUUCGAUUCAGUCGAGAGACUCGCUCAGGAGUCUACAAUCCCAAAAAUUCUCCUAUCCUCGGUCGCCUGGAAGCCCUGGCUUCGCGUCGUCUCCCAUCCGCAGGAAACCGCUUCCUCCACAUGUCGCUCCUUUGACGAGCAAGACCGGCGAUUCUCAGUCGCCCCUCGCUUCUUCUACUAUUACCACCGCCUCUUUCUCUUCCGCCGCCAUAAUCAACUCCGCAAACAAGACAACUUCGCCAAUAUAUCCGCCAGCAGAACCGUUUACUGUGAGAGACCUUGACAAGUUCCCCCACGGUCAGACCCCUCUACAUACGCCCCACGGCUCCCUAGGAGUCUUUCCAAUACCAGAAGUUUCCAACACCAGAGCCGUCAAUGUCUCCUCCCUGGAAAAUCCCGUACAUACUCGUCUUGCUAGCCAGCCGGUAAUACCAACCAGCAACCAAGAUCCUGCUAUACGGCAGGAGAAAGACCACAAAAGAUCUGUUACGAUGGCGCUACAUCCGCCUUCAAAUCGGCCGCCUCCUUUACGAAUCGAUCUGAACUCUCGCACGAUGUCAUCCGGUUCCAACGAUUAUAAUAAACAACUCCCCAAAACCCCAGGCAACAGGAUAACUUCAUUUUUUGGUUGGAAAAAUGCCACCUCUCCUGGAACCGAAUCAAACAGCACGGAAAUAUCCGAUUCCAUUCUAUCGCCGAUGCCAUCCCCGAUGAUUGCAUCUACCCAGCCGUCUGCUCAAUCAUCACGAUUCCCGUCGCGGGAUUCAUUUGCCGCUCCGUCUCCUAAACUUCCGCCGUACAGAGCACAGACGAUGCCUGUUGACCACGCCGUAACCUCGAAGCUGGCAGAAUUGGAAACCGAACUCCGGGAGAUCAGCUGCGAACUGGCAGGUUCAAUACGGCGAGAGAUGGAAUUGGAGGACUUGGUCGAACGAUUGCAGAUUGAAAUGAACCUGCCGGAUGCAAACCAUCGGGGCAGUGACUAUUUCUCCGAUUCGGGCUACGGUUCCGUAAAAUACGCCCUAAGUGACGCAGGCAUAUCCAGGACGGAAGAUAUUGAAAAAAUGAAACGUUCAUUAGAGCAGGAACGAGCUCAGCUAAAAGUUGAUUUGUCUCAGAAAGUCCAAGAAGAGAGGUCCCGUAGACAAGUUGCUGAGUCUCACGUACAGAUUUUAGAAGGUCAAGUGAACCAGCUCCGGCGGGAGAAAGUGGAUGCCUCAAACGCAGCCGCCAGAGCAAAGGAGCUUGAAGCUGCUCUAGAGGAUACGCGUCGACGGUUGACCGAAGAAAGACAGUUAAAAGACAAUUUUGAAGACCUGCUCACCGCGAUGAGAGUUGAAUUAGAGCAAAAUCGAAAUGAACGAGAUCAGCUUGAAGCUCGCAUGCAGCAAGAGAUCCAGGUUCUUCGAAAUGAGAAUUCCCUCCUAAGUCAAAGCCGGAAGAUGACUGCCGAGAUUCAGCCCGUUCAAUCUCGUUUCAAUUCUAUAGCCGAAGAAGAUGGAGAGCCGCCUGCAAGAAUGGCUGGACUCUCAAGGUCGAAUUCUCUUGCGCGAAUUCCGCCAAGCCGACCAACUGGGUUGUCAAGGUCUGGAUCCCUAUCCCGCCCGAGCUCUAUAAUUGGUAAAGACCGCGAGUUCCGAGAAUCAUUGGCAGAUAAAGUGAAAGAUGUUGAAAUGCAACGGGACGCUCUUCAUCAAACAGUUAAGAGCCUGCUUGAGUGGCAAGCGUACCAGGCGAAAGCACACGAAAAACGUGUCCGAAUACUGGAAGCGGAAAUAAACCGCAACAGGCAAUCGGACACACCCCGAAGACGAGGAUAUGAACGGGAGGUCGGAACGUUAAGAGAAGAAAUCAAUAUCCUAAGACGUCGUGCAGACGACGCCUUGGAGCAAAAAUGGCAAUGCGAAAAAGGCCUAGCCGGUUUAAAAAUGGACCUUGAUCGAGCAGAGCAAGAGACGAGCUCAUUACGGGCACUUCUGCUCGAGCAUGCUGUCAAUCCUGCGGACCAUGGUCUAGCUGACGAUCUAACCGACUUCCAGGCCACAGCAAAAUCUCUCGAAGAAGCAUAUAAUCAACUACGGUUGAGUAGCCACGAGCGUUCACUCUCUGCCAAAGAGUCUGGGGCAGAAGACGACCUAAUAAGCCAAGUACUCCAGCAAGUUGCUAUGAAUAGCGCACUCCGCAACAGACUUGCCCAGGCUAUCGGUCGAGGGGAACAGGAACAGAAAGCUUCAGCUGAAAGGAUCAAUGAUAUGCAAACUAAACUCAAAUUCCUUGAGGACACUUUGGUACUUGCACAACAGCAGUCCGAGGACGAAAUGGCAAAACACGAACAGGAAAUCUCAGUUCUAAAAGAGAACCAUAACGCGCAACUGUUCCGCGCGAGAAAUGGAAUACGCAGUCCUGCGUUGUUGUCCCCUCUGCUUCCGACCUCGCCAUUCUCCGGUCCGCGAUCCCCGCGCCUCCAGGUCACUACCAGCGGGCCUGGUAUCGCGUUAAAUCAAGCUGUGCAUGUUGCAGACCUUGAAGUGAAAGUCAAGGAACUUGAAAAGGCUUUGCGUGAUGCGGAUAAAGAAAUGGAGCAGGUUGUGGGCAAAAUGAACAAGGCGCAGAUUGAAGUUUUUGAACUUCAAACUGAUAGAGACGAAGCGCUUCGCCAAACAAGGAAACUUCAGGCCCAAAUUCUCGAGCAAAUCAACAACCGCGACGCUUGA